UACUGUGUGAGCUGUGAUUUGUCACAGCUUGUCACAUGGUACAAGGCUGUUGUGAAUAGCCUUGUACCAUUAAGCAAUGAUGUCAGAAGUGAUGUUUGCAUGUGAUCACAUGAUUGGGACCUCGCACAGAGGUUCCGUCCGAUGAUCGGUGUUUCACUGUGUCCGGAGGACACAGCGGGCACCGGAUCGCGGUGUUGUGCACUCCCAGGGAGCGCACACAAGCAGGGUGCGGGGAGGCCGUUUAUAAAUGGCCACCCGACCCUGCACUGCCAC